UUUUUCAAUGACAGGUCACAUGUCAUGUUCUGGGUGUGUUCAAAUACGGACCGCCUUCAGUAUAAAUGUAAAUUCAAACCAUGUAUCAAGUGCAUUCAGAUUCUGACAAUAAAUGAGGCACAAGCAGACAAAAACAAAGAAAAAACAUGCCAGCUUUCUGGAAUUUUAUCUUGAUCUUCAGCACCAUGUUAGAAUCUGGGGGACGCUGGGUUUCUGCAGAAUCCCUCACAAAGUCACCAGUUUAUCAGCCCGAUAAAGAGCUCAGCGUGGAUAUCGGAGACUCGGCUACUCUGCGCUGUUGUAUUUCUGAAAAGCAAUAUGGGAUGGUGACCUGGUUUAAGCAACCAACAAGAAAAAAGCCUCAAACUAUUGUCAGGUCAUUUGUAACUGCUGGGGAUACAUUUAAUGAUGGAUUUAAUGAGUCUCAUUUCCAAAUAGAAAGAUCUACAAACUGCAUCAAUCUGAGCAUUUUAAACACCUUUCAGUCUGAUGAAGCCACGUACUACUGUGCAGUUACGAGACCCAACAUCGUGUUCGCAGAAGGAACCUAUUUAAAAAUUAAUGGUAAUAAUGUUACCAUUUCAUCAGAAACAUCUAUUUCAGUGGUGUGUGAACCAACACUACAUGAAAACAUCAACUCACAGGAGAAAACAGUGCUCAGUUUGGGAAUGGCUUUGGGUUUGUGCGCACUUUUGAUUUCCUGCCUCAUUUAUUUUCUAUUGAGGAGAAGAAAAUGUGAUCAAAUGAAACCAUCUAUAGCAAGUUCAUCUGCAAUGAGGCAGAAACGGGUUCAAGAAAAUAUAAUACAGGAAUCUGACUCUGAAACACUGAAUUAUGCUGGUUUACAAUUUCCCAAAAGAAAACCCAAAGCUGAUAAAUGGAAAACUGGAUUUUCGGAGCACUGCAUUUACACUGAUGUGAAAUAUAACUAAUGAUCACAGGUUUUAUUUCUGUAUUCAUGUUAAAGCUAUGAUUAAUUGUUUUUUUUAAUAAGUAUUUUUUAUUUUAUUUUGAUGUCUGUUUCUGUACACAGCAUUGACAUCUAACUGAAGAAUAUUUGACUAUUGGAUUAUUAUAAUGUUGAUGUUGUGAUGUGUCCAGUGGACUGGUUUAAGCUUCGAAAU